AGGCCAGUGCCCCGGAUGUAAACAUUGCGCCUAUCGUUAUAGAUGUUCAUCGCCUUUAGAACGCUGUGUUCAGGCGAAUUGUUGACAAAUAAGUAUUUGUGUUGUAGUGUGUAAAGUCCUGAGCCACUCGAUAACGAAAUGAUGUGGGGGCAGUGGGCAGCCUCAGGCAAUUUGUUUUGUUGUGUGUUGAAAGAACGCGCAUUUGUCUGGCGUGAGUCGGUGAGUGUGUUGUCAGACCACCCUUGCCGUGACAAUGUGCGUGUGCACGCGCGCGCGUGUGUGUUGUCAAACUGUGAAAGACGGACCCUCAUUGCACCAUAGAGUCGCAACAAUUUUUUUUUUCAGCUCGUGGGUGCGCCGAGAAGGUAACACAACUGCGCAGUUGACUCGGCGCGGCAAAGAUUCGCUGACUCAUUAUGUGACUGUGGCUCAAGUACGCGUGACACGGCAUUUCCUUUCCUCGUCAUCCACUCGGCCAACAUGACAGUCAAAAACAGUCUAACGUACUCGUGGUGUAGCCUCCAAACAUAUCACUCUUUUCUCUGGAGAAUUCUACUCCUGAAUUCACAUGGAGGAAACUUUCUUGGAAGUAGCCUGUGUCACGACAUGACCCUGUGACAGCAGAGGACUUGUGACACAUUUCCACAUAAAUAUAUGCUCAGGAUGGACAAGCAGCUUCAACAGUUGGCCCCAACAGCCAUUCUGUUAGGUUUCGCCGUCCUUGUGAUAUGUUGUAGAACAAAUGCACUCAGAUACAUCACAACAUCACAGAUUCUUCCAUCGGAGUGCUGGCAUCAGAUUAAACACGUGUCUGGUUGCCCCACACGAGAUCAAGAACAAGAUGAAGUUUACUGGACUGCCCUGAGUAGGAUGUGCUGCCAGGCCUACCCAGAAACAAUUCUGCACUGUCAGAUUAUUGAUGACAGCAUUUUUCCAGCCUGUUUUCCCAGAAUGACAGUGAAGAAAGGCUAUUUCAUGGAAAUAGAGGCCAACACCACUGGGAACCCUGUGUUAAAGGUUCGACCUUGCAGCGAGGGUUAUUUUGAAGUUGGGGAAAGACAAUCCGAUACUCUGAGGUAUCCAUAUUGCCUAGAGGGGAAGUCCACCUGUAGAGAAAAUGGUCAGAUGUUGCUGUGUCGAGGCGGAAGUGAAGAGGAUGAUAUCUGCAUCUGCAGCCACGACUACACACCCCGUCCAAACACCUUGGACUGUCAGCAGGGGUUUAACCAGCACAGCGGGUGUCGGUGUGUGAAACAGCUUUGUCCCAACGGAACGAGGCGACUCCUAUCAGAAAACAGUGAAAUUAGCUGCAAAAAUGUCUCAAGGGUGUUCAACUACACUUGUUAUCCUAUUCCUGAAGAAGACAGUCCGAAACCCUGUGAUGAGGUAACCGAGAGCCACCCUGAUGAUGAACAAGACCAACGAAGGAAGAAAGGAGUCUUGGAGGAAAGAGGACAUUCCAACUCCAGUGUGUCAUCUGAUGUACUUAUAGCUGUGUUGACUAGUGUAGUAGUGAUAGGACUUGCUGCUGCUGCUGCUGUAAUAUAUUUCUUAUGGAGAAGAAACUCUGGGACCUAUAUCGUCUUAAAUAAGCCAGAUCUGUUUAAAAAACCCACAGACGCUUGACGAAAUGUAAACUAUAGGUGUGUCCUUCUUGAAGGUCUUGGGCCUGUCCAGGUUGUAGGCUGAUAGCAAAAUUCCUCUGGUGGAAAAAGUGAGAUCUUAGUCGGAAAUAAUCUGGACAAAUGGAAAAAUUGUUAAGAAAAUGAAGCUCUGCAAAAUGCUUGUCCAUGAGGGCUUUGACAAAGUAAUCUUGUCCUAAAAUGAAAACAAAAAAACCACAUGGGAAUGAAAUCUUAAGUGCAGUUAGUACAAUGGUGUCACAGAUGACAAAAGCCAGGAGAAUAUAAUAAAAAAGCGAUACAUCCAAAAAUGUCGGGACCUCAAAGUGUGAGACACAAGUAAAUAAACAAACUGCACCAUAUAUACUUGUUGGUUUUACGCUAUUGUCUGAAAUUCCACAUCUUUCUUUUCCCACCUCUCCACCCUCCCCCUCAAAAACCCCAUUGAUAUUACUGAAAAAUAUUACAGGCGCUGAUAACUUACAUUUCACACCCUUCCUUGGUAGUGUGUGCGGGCUAAUUUGUCCUUCUGGUCCCUAGAGUGUCACUGUCUAGUAUAACCUAUCUUUCUUUUUAUCUUCGAAUGCCUGCGAAUGGAAUCCCACACAAAGCGUACCAUAUGUUGUUCAAAAUGCAUCUUCAAAACAAAAGAACGUGGGUAUCUGAUGUCUUCAUUUUACUGUAUAAAUAUGGUUUUGGGUAUGUGUGGGAAAAUCAGGGUGUGGAAGAUGUGAAAGUGUUAUUCAGGGAGUUAAAAUGAAGGCUUCUUGAUAACUGGUAUCAAGUUUGGCAUGGAAGUAUUAGAAAGUUUCAGUUGUAGAUCGUUUUCAUUUUAUCGAACCUUUAAAUCUACUUUUUCUUCAUGUAAAAUCUGAACAAUGUCCAGUACAUAGGGAUCGGUAAUGCUUAAACAUGUUUUUGACUCGUGGUUUCAUGUCUGAAGCCACAUUGUCUGCAUUUUGGGAACAACCAAACUGACAAUCCAAAUAUCCUGUCAUGUCCCUUCUGUUUCGGUGUUGUAGAGUCGGAAUUGCAAUUGGUAUGUCCAAAAUAUAGUGUAUUGAGAAAGAAAUUUAUACCUAAAAAGUAUUAUCACUAUCCAUCUGCUUUCUGUUUAUCUGUGCUACAACAAAUACUAGUAAGCAUAUAGUUAAUGAUGUAGCAGAUUACAUCUAUGAGGCAUUUGAGCUACAAAAUUUAACUGAUAGUUCAUCAUACUGAUUGUUCAGCUUAGGAUGUAUGUUUUAUUGCAUUGUUUUAUAUUGUACUGCAUACUGUUUGGAUUCCCCUUGAAAUGGCCACAAGGCUUCUUCAAUCAACCUACCUUUAUUCACUUUAGUGUUCUAUAGGUAGCUUUUCCUGCUACUUUGUUAUCUUUCAAACCAAAAAAGCAAUCACUUACCCAAAGCUUUCAACAUAUGUGCUCGGCCAGUUUUAAAGAUUGGAUGUGGAUAUUUUGUAUAGUACUGGAACUGAACCUGCAGAUGUAGUUAAGUAUAUACAUAUGUGAUCCAUGUGUUUAUAUACAUUUUCAGUUGGAUGUAUUUAUAAUCUUACAUGUACUUGUGUGUCUGUGUGUGUCCAUGCUCAUCUAUGUUUUCACCUUAUUGUUUUUUGUAUAUCUGUGUGGUUGUAUAUGUUUGCUAAGUACACUUACAGUACAAUGCUAAGCAUUGCAGCCCAAGUACUGCUCAACUUUGUAUCCUAAAGAUCUAAAUAUGCAUAGAACUGUACAUGUACUUGAUACUGAAUCACAUGGGACUGCAAGAAGGAAGCCCCAAAAUAUCUUGUAUAUAAAAUAUCUUGUAUAUAAAAUGUUUUCAGUGUAGGAUUGCUUGUAUACUUUUGAAGCUUUGACAAAAUAUUGAGCCCUUAAGAGGGGUGGGGGGAACCCCACACUCAUGUGAAGUAGCUAAAAUAUUUUGGAACAAGCUACUGAAAGUGUGACAUCUGUCAAAUGACAUCAAAUAAAGAGUGCUGUCAAAACUCAAUAAAAAAGGUAUAAAAUGCUUGUAAA